AAAGCCCAUUCUAGACAUAUUUGGGCCCAAAUGGACCACUGAUGCCAUCGGAAGUCUUUCGGACGACACGUGGAAGGCUCUCGCCCUUUCCGGAGCCUGGUGUGAAGUUUGCAACGGUCAAAUCGAGGUGAUUAGUGAUUACUCUGCUGGAAGAUAGCACCGCCCGUCAAAGAGCUAUACGGGUUCUACAAAGAAAAUUCAAGAGAGAAAAGUUUUGAUUCCCGAAUGGCUUCCAUGGCGAUCGGCGUCUGCCUCUCGAUGCUUCACCGCGGCAGAGGAGGAGACGACGGAACUUUUCCGGCGGCAAUGGAUUUGAAGCUGGAGCAGAAGAACUCGCUGUGCAAGUAUACAUGGGGUUCGCCGAGGGCGGAGAAACUUUCCAUCGCCGGCGCUGGUGCAACGCGAGACAUCCUGGAGGCGUUGGUGUAUGGAGAGGAGAAGGUGCGGUGGAAGGAUAGGAUUCUGAGAGUUGGAGUCAUCUGCGGAGGUCCAUCGGCGGAGCGCGGGAUUUCUCUCAACUCUGCGAGAUCAGUUCUUGAUCACAUUCAGGGAGACAACGUAACUGUGAGCUGUUAUUAUAUAGAUCCAGAUCUCAACGCUUAUGCAAUUUCCUCCGCCCAGGUGUACUCGAAUACUCCUGCAGAUUUUGAUUUUAAGGUGGAGAGCCUUGCGCAAGGAUUCUCAUCAUUAUCUGACUUUGCGGAGCAUCUUGUUUCUACCGUGGACAUUGUUUUUCCAGUCAUUCAUGGUCGAUUUGGUGAAGAUGGGAGCAUCCAGGAGCUGUUGGAAAAGUACAACAUUCCAUUUGUGGGCACUGGACCAAGUGAAUGUCGCCGAGCCUUUGACAAGUAUGAGGCCUCCUUGGAGCUCAGAAAGCAUGGUUUCAUGACAGUACCGAGCUAUUUGGUGCAGGGAACUGGAGCUGAUGAAAAUGAAAUGUCGCGGUGGUUUUCUGAUAACCAGCUGAACCUCCAAUCGGGAAAAGUCGUGGUAAAACCAGCAAGAGCAGGAUCCAGCAUUGGUGUCAAGGUUGCUUACGGCGUAUAUGAUUCCCUUAAAAAAGCCAAAGAACUUAUUCUAGAGGGAAUUGAUGAUAGGAUCAUUGUUGAGGUCUUUCUUGAAGACGCUUGUGAGUUCACGGCCAUCGUUGUUGAUUUUGGUUCUGGUUCUGAUUGUUGUCCCGUCGUGCUAUUGCCCACUGAGGUGGAGCUCCAUUUCCAUGACAGUGGAAAUGCAAGGGAGGAAGAUACAAUCUUUGACUACCGAAGAAAGUAUCUUCCCACACAGCAGGUGACUUAUCACACUCCUCCUCGUUUUCCAAUCCACGUCAUCAAAAGUAUUCGGGAAGAAGCUGCACUUAUAUUCCAGAAACUUAGUUUACGAGAUUUUGCUCGUAUUGAUGGAUGGUAUUUGGCUCCUACUUCAUAUCUAUUAUCUUCUAGAGGAGAUGAAUCUGAGAAUACUGAGUCAGGAGCAGUUGUAUUUACAGAUAUCAAUCUGAUAAGUGGUAUGGAGCAAACCAGCUUUCUCUUCCAGCAGGCAUCUAAGGUUGGAUUUUCACAUUCGAAUAUUUUGCAAACAAUUAUACACCGUGCUUGCUCAAGGUUUCCUAGUCUUGCAUGGUAUAAUUCUGGAUCGAAUCAUUUGCCUCAAGAAUCAACCUUGAAAGACUCUGAGGCCAACCAGAAAGUGUUUGUCAUAUUUGGAGGAGACACUUCAGAACGACAAGUAUCCCUUAUGAGUGGAACAAAUGUUUGGCUCAAUUUACAAACAUUUGGAGAUCUAAAAGUAACUCCUUGUUUGCUUUCCCCUUCACGUAACAGCAGAUCUGGUACAGCUUCCAAUGAAAAAGUAUCAGAUUUCGACAACAGAGAAGUCUGGUCUUUGCCCUACUCUCUUGUGCUAAGGCACACUACGGAGGAAGUUCUUGCAGCAUGCUUGGCGGCAAUCGAACCCACUCGAGCUGCAUUCACAUCUCUGCUGCAGAAUCAAGUGAUGGAGAAUCUUAUGGAUUGUUUAAAGAACCAAAGCUGGUUUGCAGGAUUCGAUAUAGCAGAUGAUCUGCCUGCGAAGUUUUCUUUAAAAGAGUGGAUCAAGCUUGCAAAGGAAGCUCAAGCGAUCGUUUUCAUUGCUGUGCAUGGAGGAAUAGGGGAGGAUGGUACACUUCAAGCAUUAUUAGAGGAUGAAGGAGUUGUUUACACAGGUCCCGGAGUACUGGCUUCAAGAACAUGCAUGGAUAAGGUCAUGACAUCGCAGGCUCUUACUCAUCUUUCAGAGUUUGGAGUUCUUACCAUAAGCAAACAUGUUGAGAGAACAGAGGAUUUACUGAAUGGGUCUGUACCAAAGAUUUGGCAUGAUUUGACCACCAAACUUCGGAGCCUGAUGCUGUGUGUUAAACCAGCUAGUGAUGGAUGCUCGACUGGUGUCGCAAGACUAAGUUCCUCUGAAGACAUUGCUACGUAUAUACAAGCUUUGAAGGACCAUUUACCAAGAAUUCCCCCAAAUACUUUUUCUAAGGCACAUGGGAUGAUCGAGAUGCCAACUCCUUCUCCAGAGCUCUUGAUUUUUGAACCAUUCAUAGAGACUGAUGAGAUCAUAGUUUCGACCAAAACCAUAGGUGAAGACAGGCGGAGACUCUUCUGGAAAGGUGACAGCCGCUGGGUAGAGAUAACAGUUGGUGUUAUUGGAAAGCGAGGAUCAAUGCAUUCACUGAGUCCUAGUGUCACUGUCAAGGAAACUGGCGGUAUUUUGUCCCUUGAGGAGAAAUUCCAAGGCGGCACUGGCAUAAAUCUAACGCCACCCCCAACAUCAAUUAUGAGUAGCGAAGCUGUUGAGAGAUGCAAACAGCAUAUUGAGCUAAUUGCCAAUACUCUGCAAUUGGAAGGGUUUUCACGCAUUGACGCAUUUGUUGAUGUUGAUACUGGAGAGGUGUUGGUGAUAGAGGUGAACACAGUGCCCGGAAUGACUCCGUCCACUGUCUUGAUCCAUCAGGCAUUAGCAGAGGAUCCACCGAUGUAUCCUAGUCAGUUCUUCCGUAGACUGCUUGAUCUUGCGUCAGAAAGAUUCAAGUAAGGAUUUUAUUACGCAAGACAUUUCUGUUACAGCUGUGUUUGCACACGUUGUCUGUAUAACAUAAAAAAAGUCACAAAAUAUACUCUGAAAAAUGGAGGAUGAGUGCGAGUAAAUAUGUCCCUCGCUCUUAGCUCUGCAAUAGGAUAUGGGUUUGGUUUCUCUGUAAAUUAAAUGCCUGCAUGUUUGAGCUCGGAAUGAUGAGUUGGUGGAUUGUAAUCAGCAUGUUUCCAGUGAAUGGAGAGUCUUAUUUGAUCAA